CCGCUUCAACAGAUGCGACACGUGGGGAUCUAACCUCAAAGUUUGAAUUUACUGACGUACGCAACGAGUGUUGUACUUUCCAGAACAUUAUCCAACAACGACGCUCGUUAGGCAAGGAUAUUAUUUCUCAGGAGUGCAGAACUAUCGCAGACUGCAGAAAGAUGCAGCGGACCGCCUUUUUAACGUGUCUGCUCACCGUGUCCCUCAUGAAUCAAGUGUGUGGUUUGGAAACGGUCACUGGCAAGUACGGAGACACUGUUGAAAUCCCAUGCAACAGUGGACUUGUCUCAGACGUAGGAGUCACGUUUGUUAAGUGGAAAUCUGACAAAGAUGGCAGCAUUCUGGUAAAACACACGGGUCAGAAUGCCUCCUCUCCCACUGAUGGUAACUACAAGAACAGAGUCAGUAUUAAAAAAGAUUUUGGUCUCAUCAUCACACAAGUGUCCCUGGCGGAUCAGAAAACCUUCACCUGCAUGGUUGUGGCAGCAGAUGACAUUUUGGAGUAUCCUGUCCAACUGGUCAUUUACAAGACUCCAUUGCAGCCUCAGAUUGCAAACCUAACCACUGCGAUGGAAAUCGGAAAGCUGACUACAUUGGCACAGUGUCAUACUGAAGGUGCCAAUCCAGCUGCCAACAUCACGUGGUUCAAGAACAAAACUCCGCUUAUUGCUGAUGGAACAGCCAUUAAAAUCACCAAUGAUGUGGCUGUUGAUAAAGCGACAGGACUGUCUGCCACUACAUCUAAGCUGGAGUACACUGCAGUGAAGGAUGACAUUAAUUCCAAGUUUACCUGUCAGGUUCAGCACAUUAAGUCUGCUAACAUGGAUUCCUCACCGCUCGUCUUCACCGUGAACUACCCUUCGGAGACGAUCAGUUUCCAUGUGCUGCCCGAUGGUCCUGUUAAAGAAGGAGACAAUGUGACCCUCAAAUGCACGGCAGACGGAAACCCCCCACCCUCUCGCUACAACUUCUACAUCAAGGGAGAGAAGAAGACAGUGGAGAAAUCGAACAUCUUUAUCUUGAGUAAUGUAACUAGGCAAAACACCGGAGAAUACAAAUGUUCAUUGGUGGAUAAUGAGAUAUUGACGGCGUCUAAAAAUAUCACCGUUGAAUAUCUUGAUGUGAUUCUUAGCACCACUGGUGAGGUUUUCAAGAAACUUGGCGAUAGCUUUGAAACAACUCUCGAUAUUAAAGCUUCAGGAAAAACAGAAACCUUUUGUAAGAAGGGUGGUGAAAAGAUGGUUGGCCCUCCUAAAUUUGCCAGCUUAAAGUACACAGACUCUGGUGUGUAUGAGUGUGUUGUUACAAUGCUUGGCCUCAAGAAGACACAGACAUUUGACUUGAAUGUUCAUGGGCAACCACUGAUCAAGAGCCUGACCAAGAAGCGUGGUGAUGGUACAAACAAGAUCCUGAGCUGUGAAGCUGAAGGAUCACCAAAGCCAACGGUGCAGUGGAUUACCAAUGGCACAGAUGUGAAAUUUCAAGAGAGCGAACAUGUGAAUGGAAAGAUCACAUACUAUAUCACUGUCAGUCCAAAGGCCAAUGUCACUGUGUCCUGCACAAUCUCCAAUGAUUUGGGUUCUGACACGAGGAGCAUCGAUGUGUCGUCGCUUGUUGAGGACGUGACAAUGGACAAACAAGAUCAGUCAGAGGACUACAGUGACCAGACGGCGCUGGCUGUUGGCAUUGUUGUUGGCUUGAUGCUGGCAGCACUUUUGAUAGGACUGGCCUACUGGCUGUAUAUGAAGAAAUUCAGGCAAGGAUCCUGGAAAACCGGAGAGAAGGAAGACGGGUCAGCAGAGGAGAGCAAGAAGCUGGAGGAGAAUCAGAGCCAAAAAGCUGAAGUGUAAUGACAAAGACAUUCAGGGAUUAAUUUGAUUAAAAUCCCAUUUUCCCUGAGAGAUGGAAGGAAAAACAUUGGUGGAGUCUGUGAAAAAUGGAGUCAGAAGCUGUAAUGGAGGACUUGAGUAGCUGUGUCAGUUACAUCACCACCAUUGUCUGUAACGUGUCUGUGCCUCCACAUGUCGGGGCAUUUAAUUGAAUUGAAUUCAUAAUGCGUGUUGUAAAAUAUGUGAAUCUUUUACAUUUGAAGAUCCAGCUUGUUCGGAAACCCGUGUCUGUUAAGUGUUCCUGGGUUUCACAUUUGAUCGUUGUUUUUAUUUGAUUUUAUUUCUUUUGUCCUAGGUAUUUAGUUAAUGCAAAUUAGUUUUUUGCAGUUUCAUAUGGUAGAAACACUGUGGCCUUUAGUGUCUGUAACGGAUUUUUUCCUUUAGAAUUACACAUAGUAAUCUGUGGCAUGAAUACGAAGCAUGUUUUUUUUUCUUUUUCCACAUUUAUACUGAGCACUUGGCUAGUUUUCAGGUUUUAAGUCAGUGAGCAAAAAUAUAUCCCAAUAUUAUACUUGUUGGGACCCCGAUGACCAUUAUUUACCAAUAUUUAGACAUUGUAUGCAUUUGAAUGAAGAUUUUGCCCUACAAUUUGAAGACAUCAUGAAAGCCAUGCCUUUUGCUUGGAAGCAAACAGAAGAAUCACAAGAAUCCCAGUUAAAUUCUUCUUUUCUUUUUUCUUGGUUUUGGAAAAUGAAAAGUCUGUUCUCGAUAAUGUAUAUGUACAUUAACACACUUCAUCAUCAUCGCAGAUCAUCAUAAGGUUGUUAAUCUUUAUUGUUUCGUUUUGCUGCAGAAUGUGUGUGUGCUCUGGUUUAAGCAUUACUUGUAAAUAUGGCAACCUUUUUUUUAUUGUUUUUGUUUUAUUUAUAUUGUUAUGGUUUAGCUAAAUACCAGUGUUUUGACAUGUACACUAGCUAGUUUUAGCCAAUUUUCCUGAAAAUAUACCUCCGUUGCUGUUGAAUGGUAUGGUGAAAUUGAUGGUAUUUACUUGCAAGCUUUAAAAUUGUGAAAUGUAAUCUUGCAGCUUUCCAACUUUAUUGCAGUGUUGCUGCGUUUCUCCUUGAGCGUCAGCUCAGCGCAUUUAAUCCACCAUCAAAACCAAAGAGGUUGAAUGUGGCCAUGCAAGUAUUGUACAUACUGACCGUUGUUUUGUACUCUUAGUUCGAAUAAAGUGUACAUUUUUAGGAAAGCGUU